AUGACCGAACCCACCCCAACAACGCCAUUGAAUAAAACACAGCCCCCAAAGCCAGAAGACCACCUAAGGCCUUUCCCACCGCUUUCACAAACAUCCCACCCCUCGGACGCAGCAAGCUCGGACGCAGCAAGCCGAAAUGAAACAACAGCCAACCCAGAAGACGCCUCCGGAAUCCCCCCCCUCCCAAUCGUGAUCGCCCGCAUCCACGCCCGCGUGCAAGCCUUCCUAUCCGAGUCCCACCCACCAGACUCCCUCCUAGCCUCGGUGCAGCGCCAAACCCGCAUCUCACUAGACGUAGUGCACACCGCGCUGCAGCGCUACAAGCUCUCUGAACUAUCCGUCUCCUACAACGGCGGCAAGGACUGUCUCGUGCUGCUAAUCCUAUUCCUGGCCGGAUUACACCCGAGACGCACUCACAAUGACUCCCAAUCAAACAAUACACCGCCCUCCCCCGCAGAGCAAGAAGCCGAGGCGCAAAUAGCGGCCGCAACGGUCAUCCCGGCGAUCUAUGCGCUGCCGCCCGAUCCGUUUGACGCGGUAGAGGACUUUGUCGUUACCUCGGCGGAGGCUUAUCAUCUUUCCCUGACGAAGUAUACGACUGCGCCGCCAGCGUCGACGCUGCGGUCCAGUUUUGAAGAUUAUUUGGCGCGGCAUCCUGGGGUGCGGGCGAUAUUCGUUGGGACGCGGCGGACGGAUCCGCAUGGUGCACAGUUGACGCACUUUGACCGGACGGAUGGGGGGUGGCCUGAUUUUAUGCGUGUGCAUCCGGUUAUUGAUUGGCAUUAUGCGGAGAUUUGGGCCUUUAUUCGGCAUUUGGAUUUAAGAUAUUGUUCGCUCUAUGAUGAGGGGUAUACCAGUCUUGGGGGCACAUCCGAUACCCAUCCUAAUCCGAGAUUGCGGUGUGGGGCUGCGAAGACUGAUGGACAGUAUCUUCCUGCGUACCAGCUCACUGAGGAUGUGGAGGAGAGACUGGGGCGCAAUUGA